GGCAUCGAUGCAUGCGCAGCUACUCUAAUACGACACGAGCUCUUCAUCGUCGUACUUUGCAAAAAAAAAAAGAAAGCGCUAAAUAAAUAAAUACCAUGACAGUGAGGGGAAACGUGCCACAGUACUAUCUCGUACCUAUCCAACACCCAGCCAACGUCGAGGAUCGCAAGCGACAGAUCAAGACGCGCCUCGCACGGCUCGAGAACGGACAGAAGAAGCUGAAGGCUGAUCAGCGGUGGCCGACAAGGAAAUCGUUGAGUCUGCAUCUGUAUCAGCAACUCACCGCUGUGCCGGAGAUCGUCGUUCAUCCGCCCACUCCCUGUCCGCAGCAGCGGGAUGUUGAGACUGACGAUAACGCUGCGGAGGCGGUAUGGAGUUAUUCACAUUCGCAUUCCCGCUCGACCGCGGUGCGGCCCGCUCCUGCACUGCUCGCUGAGCUACUCGCACCAUCUGCCUCCCCCCGCGCAGCGUUCCCCAUCGCCGUGACGCAGCAGCAGCAGCAGCAGCGCGGGGCGCGCGCGGAUCCCGAGCCUGCUGGCACCUCCUCCACCUCCUCGUCGUCGUCAUCGUCAUUCAUCUACUUCCCCUUCCUGCCGCUAGAGCUGCGGCUCCAGAUCUGGGAGCUCGCGCUGCAGCGCCCGCGCUUCAUCGAGGCUCAGUUCGCAUCGCAGUUCUACGCCCCGACGUUCGUGGGCCCGUGUACGCGCGGCUCGCCGCUGCUGGCCGUGUGUAGGGAGAGCCGCGAGUGCGCGCUCUGCGAGGAUUUUGCCUUCUUGACACCGACCCAGCGCGACUUUGGGAAGAAGUAUCCCUCCCCCCUAUUCUGCAUUUCAGGAGAGCGCGAGCUGACGAUCGCAGGUGGAGCCGUACGCCAUUCGUGCCUAAGCCAGUGGUGGCGGAGAAGCCGCUGCCCUUCAUCCCAGAGCGAGAUACGAUCUUCUUCCGCUCGUUGGACAGGCCGCAGGGAGGCUUGCAGUCGCUGGCGUGCAGCGUGGCCGGCUUUGAGAAUAUUCAGCACUUGGCACUUCCGUUGCCGUCAAACGGCUUGUCGCUCCGGAAUGAGUGGCGGAUGUGUCUCGGCUUGUUUCGGGAUUUGAAGACCCUGACAUUCUUGGUCGGCUCAAAGGAGCAGAGCUGGGUGGAGGAUGGGGAGAUCGAAUUGCGGGAUGUGGAGGAGUGGUUCGCGGAUGGAAGGGACCGCAUGGUGAAGGUUGAUAAAUGGCUGCUGGAUGUCAGCGAGGUGGGUCCGUUCUUGAGUGGGGUAAAUUUUGAGGAGAGAAUGAGGGGUUCGUGGGAUGACGAGUGGGAAGGGAUCAACGUUAGAGUAGCGGCUUGGAAAAAAAGGCAAUGGAAUUGAUAGAUACCACGAGCAAGUUUGAAUGACCAAUA